CCGAAGCUUUUCCGAAGGUUCGCGCGUGAAACGUAAAGGACUUAACUUGUACUUACUUUUAAAACCGCCGAGUGUUUUAUGUAAGCAUUACUAGAGCAUGUAUAUGUGUGUUUAGAAUUGAAACUAUUCCUUGAAUAGGUGUGUGAUUUGUUGUGCGAGGUAUCAUCCAAUGUUUAGAGAUGUUAAAGCUGCCACCGUCAUUGUACCGGGACGUGGACGUUAACGUUGACGAGAGCGACGACAGCGAGCGGCCGGUGAACAUAAAGAAGAUAUACUCGCGCCGGCCGUGGUAUGCGCCGGCGAUUGACCCGGCUGAGGUAUUGACAAGCCGGCACUCAGUACCAGAUUACAAUCCGGACUACGACCAACAGGAUGAGUUACAGUACUACGGUUCGAAACAGGAUUACCCAGAGGUAGACCUGGUGGUACCGCAGCAGGUUGAGGCUGUCGACAGGAUCGCAGUGGAAGCGUCACCUCCCAACGCGAGAUUCGAACAGGGCCCCACUGCCGACACAGUGUCUGAACUGUCUCUUGGCAAUGGUAUCAAUUUAAGAGAAGUGGCGCUAGUGGCAUUAGGCGGCGCGAGCGCAGCUAUAGUGUUGCUGAUUAUAAUGGCGGGAGUGUUUAUCGCCCGGAGACGCAAGAACAGCCCGUCUCCCGCCCCCUCGCCGCCUAUCCUCGUCUAUCCUCCACAUGACAUGUCGGCGCCGAGUUACAUGACAAAGGAGGUAAAUUUCUCACUGCCAGCCCUGCGGUCGUCGUCUCUGGGCGAGCUCCGUGAUGUGGUCAGCGUGAGCAGCCUCGGCAGCGACAUCCUAUGUCCUCCUGUACCUACGCAGUUGAGGUCGAAUUCUUUUACGAACACUGCUGACCUGGGAGUGCUGGACCCGUCUCUCUACAAGCCCGACUGUCUUGACGAAGAUCUUCUGUGGCCUGAAGGACAUGUUGGCCGAGUGUGGUUCACGCUGAAAUAUGAGUCGGAUACUGAACGGCUACAGGUGCACAUCAUAAAGGCGAAGCACUUACCAUCGCGCACGCCCGCGUUGGCCAACGCAUGCGAUCCGUACAUCAAGAUACAACUUAUGCCGGAUGAAAGGAGGGUGCUUCAAACGAAACAAAAAAAGAAAACCUGCAAUCCGUUCUUUGAUGAAAGCUUUGUCUACCAGAUUCCCCCCGGCAAGCUGGAGGGGCUGACCCUCAAGCUGUCAGUGCUGGACUUCGGUCGCGUGGGGAAGGGCAAGCAGCUGAUUGGCCACGUGAUCCUUCCUCUAACUGAGCUGGAGGGAGUCGCUCCUGAUGAGGAGCCGCAGCUGUAUAAGAUGGACGUGGAAAAGGCAAUACAAGAUCCGACGUCAGACCUCGGCGAGAUUCUGGUAUCGUUACUGUACAAUGAAAACCUUCACCGACUGACAGUCACAGUUAUAGAGGCACGGGGUCUGAAGUUGGAUCCAUCGUCAAAUAAACACGAGAUGGUGGUACGUGUGACACAAGAGCGAGCGUGCCGGGGGGUGCGCGCGCGCAGGACAGCCGCUGUCGAAGUGACAGACGAUGGGUGUGCCUUGGUCUCAGAGUGUUUCAACUUCAGGCUGAAGGCAGACGAACUUCACACCACUAGCGUCACGGUUCAGGCGUUGCAACCACAUUCAGUGUAUGCUAAAGAUCGACUUCUCGGCAAAUUUGUGUUAGGCUCGUAUAUGUUCGCUAGAGGGCGCGCACUACAACACUGGAAUUCUGCACUGGCAACCCCAAUGGAACAAGUCAAACAAUGGCAUCCUCUCACGAAUUAAAAAAAAUAACCCGGCCAAUCUAAAAAUAACCACUGAUAUUAAUUACAUUAAACUAAAUUACAACAUAUCUCCUAUUUAAACUUAUAUACAUGUAAAAUGAUCUGAUAUUUCAAUCCGCACAGCUUUUUCAUAAAAAUAUAAAUAUGCAAUAAUAAAAUUGAAUUUUUAAUUACAUUUUUAAUGUUUGAAAAAUGAAUAUUCCAUCGACUGAUAUCGCUAUAUUUCACAUAUUUUAAAACAAAAAAUAUUAAUUCGAACAUAUAUUAAAAUAUUUAUAUUAAAAUCACAAAUAUUUUUGUAAUUUCCAUUUACAACAUUUUAUAUUCUAAAAACGACUCUUUUUUUUAAAUUUUAUUAGUGAUUUGAUAUCAUAGUAAGAAGAUAUUUAUAUGAGUUGAUAUUAUAGGAAAUCUCAUUCAAUAAUAAUUAUGAUGAUGCUUUGUAUUGGUUUAUACUUGUUCUCAAUAUACAAUUCCAAAUCAGUACCUAUAAAUAAGUAAAAAAAUUGACGUACAAUUUUUAAAGUAGGCGAUUUUUAAUUGUAUUAUCUAAAAUAAUAUUUUACCUAUAAAAAGUAGUUUAAGGAAUGCAUAUUUAUGUCUAAAUUUAAUUAUAAUUUUAAUAUUAUUAAUUUAUGUUGAAUAUUUAUAGUAGAAUAUGUGGUAAUCAGUAUAAACAUGUGUAAUUUUUAGUUUUACAAUAAUAUUAUACAAUUUAUAUGGAAUUAUAUGGAUAUUAAUCAAUGAUCGGCAUAAAUUAUAUUAAAAUCUUAUGAAAGCAUUUAAUAAAUGUUUAAUUGUAUUAAAUAUUGCCAAUAUAUUUAGUAGAUUUAUUGAUAUCGUGCAAAUGAUCAAGAAAUAAAGAUUGUAACACCAGAUUGGUGA